AUGGUGUUCUGGAACGUGAUCAAGUGCCCAAUCCCUCCUGAUGCGCUUCCUGGUGUUGAAUCUACUAUCAGCUCAGCUCUUUGUCGAAUGGGCUUGCAUGGUCCGUUGCAAAUCUUUGCGUAUGGUGACAAAUCGUUGCUCGACAAAAGAGAUGUCUUUUGGAAAGCCGGAAUUUCUUACUGUGUCGAACGUGCACAACUCCCUGAUGCCGGUAUCCUAAGUGAACCAAAGGAUGCCGAUCUCUUAGAUUAUGGUGAAAUGGAGUUGGAAGUUAUUUUGUUCGCGGAACAGACUUUUGGGCGUCCAGCAGAUAUAAUGGUAAUCCCAAAACCAGACCAAGAUAGCGAGUUUCACAGGGUGCUCAAGUGUAUGCAAUCGAGAGAUCACGAUGUUCUCCUAGUAAACACGCCUGUUGGUGACAGUGGUGAUCAAUUUCUUGAAUCUUUAGAGUCAGCAGUUGCUUGUACACGUGGUUUAGAUGGAGAGGCAGAGCCCAUAACCAAGCCGGAAUGCGCUUGUGAUUACAGUUGA